UGUCUCCGUAUAAAUCCGAAGGGCUUGGAUGAGGAGAGUCGGGAGUACCUCUCUCUCUACCUCUUACUCAUCAAUUGCGGCUCAAAGAGCGAAGCUCGCGCCAAAUUUAAGUUUUCCAUCCUCAACGCGAAGCGCGAGGAGACCAAGGCUAUGGAGAGCCAAAGGGCGUACCGUUUCGUUCAAGGCAAGGACUGGGGUUUCAAAAAGUUCAUCCGCCGAGACGUUCUCAUGGAUGAGGCCAGUGGACUUCUUCCCAACGACCGACUCACAAUUGUUUGUGAAGUGAGUAUGUUGUAA